AUGGAACAAUCUUGGAAUUCUUACAUCAAUUCCUUAACUCAGAACUUCCUGCCUAGACAAGUGGAGGUGACCGAGGGAAACUAUUUUUCAGGGUCCCUGUAUGAUCUGUCAUUCUCCAAAGGGGACAUCAUCACAAUUGUUAACCUGGUACCCUCCAGCCUCAUCGGAGAAGUGAAUGAUGGCAAUAACACUCUGGGCAAGGUGGAUAUUCCUCUUGAUUAUGAAGGGAAGUUCCAGCUGAUUGCAGAUCCAGUGCCAUUUGAAACUGUGGCUGAUUUGGUCCACUCUGUUCAUGUUACCCAGUGUUCCACAACCCACAGAAGCCCUCUCUGCUUCCAGAAUUUGAUCCCCAUCUCCACAGCCGAGUCGCCCAUGGUGCUUGAAGAAAGAGAAAAACUGUCCUUAAUUGGCUUAGAAGAAAGUCAAGGGAAGAGGUUCCUAAGAUGCGAAGUCCUGGGGAAGAAGCCCCCCCUGAGGUUGCUGCUCCCCAUGGACUGCAGGGGCCAGUUCCAGGAGUGCCAGGAGGACCAGCUGCAUACUGUUGACACCAUCAUCAGGUCGAAGCUACUGGCAGGAAGGCAACGCAAGAUCAGGGCAGCAGCAGGGCAUUGUCUAAGGAGUCUUAGUCCCCUUGUUCCAGAGGACUUUAGUGGUCAUCUCAUUUUACACCCUUAUUUCUCAGUGAUGGCAUUUUUGCCAGGUGAAGUCCAGGUUGCCAUCCCGUCUGAUUUGGAUAUAUAUGUUACUGAUAUUACAGACUUAGGAAAUAGGUCCUUUAAAACUAUGACAAUGAAGCAAAUAUACAGUAUAGAAAAAAGCAAAUUCCCACUGAGAAUUAAAAUAAUGAGUGUGACCCUGGCACAGAACAGAACAGGCAGAAGCAAGACCUUUCCGUUGAAGUGUGGACAGCUCUUAACCAUCCUCAGAACCCAGGAAGUAAAAAAGUUCAUUGCUGCAGAGAUUUUCAAAGGAAAGAAACGGCGACAUUUUCUCAUCCCAUAUACCUAUCAGGGCAUGGUUCUUAGAAAAGGUCGGUAUUUUAACUCUGUUUCUGAUGUUGCCAUAGCUAUGCACAGUGGCCAGCUUCGUUUCCAGUCCUCCAAAGACUAUACUUCCAACACAGAGCCAUGUGCAUCAUUCACAGCCAAGGAGUGUUUCCUUGCUCUGAAGAAGGACGUGGUUUCUGCUGAUAUUCAAGGUGAGAUGCACAGAGUUGAAGUCCUAAAGUGUCACAAUAUUACUACCAAUACCCCAGUCAAACUUCCUCUGUUUGCAGAAGGAGAUUUCCUGGAACUGGCUGAUGAUGCUGGACCAGGGACCCUACAGGAACUGUGCAAGAUCAAAAGUCUCCCAUGCCAUAUCAAAGUGAUCAGCCCAGAUCCCUCCAUGGUCAGAGACCCUCUAUAUGAAACUGAGGAGCUGAGAAUUGAAAAUGUCAUCACUGAGCAAAGCCUCAUAGCCAAAGAUGGAACUUGGUCAGAAGACAUAUACUCAAGUUUUUCAGAAGACAUAUACUCAAGCUUGUCCGAAGACACGUUUGAAAUCCCAGUUGAGAAGAUAAACUCGGAGGUGUUGAUAGUCGAAGAGUGCCCAUGGUUGAGAGAUUUGAGAAAGGAGACCAACGUGGCUGUCCAGAACAUAGAAGAGAUAAGCGAGGCGGAGUCCCUGACCUUUAGUAAUUACAUGAUUGCUCCCCAUCCACCACCAUGUCCUCCAAAGCCCAGAAGUUUGUCUUAAAACAGAAAAUAUGACUAUUCAUCACCCCUCCACUCCAAGGAAUAGCAUCUGUACUUUCAGGACCUGGGUAUCAGGGGCUUCUGGAGAAUGGAAGCUGAUCCUGGCUGUAGAAACCUGACCUUCAAACAGAAAUUAAAUCAGAGAUAUUUAAAAUGACAUUUUUUACCCUUGCACAUUUGCCAAAAGCUGUCUUUAGGUGAUAGACCUCUUUCCUUGAUAUGCAUAUAAAGCAGAGUUGUAACCAUGUUUUGACAUGGACACAACACUCAUUUCCAAUGAAACUGCCUGGCCUGUAGU